GAAUGGCUGAAGGAAAAAAAGAAAAUGUACUAUCAGAAAAAUAAAGACAAGAUAAAAGAAUAUAGUCGAAAUUAUUCUAAAAAUUACCAGAAAAUUAACAAAGAAAAGAAACGAGAAUAUAAAAGGAAAUAUGAUGAAGCAAAUAAAGAAAAAAGGCGUGCAAAUAAACAAAAACACUAUCUAAAAAGGAAAAAUGAAAAAGAAAUUCUGAAAAAUGACAGUCUAGAAGCAAGAAAUGUUCAAGACGAUAAUGAAGGAACUUCUUUGGUUAAUCAAGAAAAUAAUGUUUGUGAAAAUAAAGGAAAAGAACCGAUUAUUUUCAAAGAGAACGUUCAGUUAGAACAAGGUAUUGUUAAUUGUGUGGAAGUUGAACAUCUUAUUAAACAAAUAGAUGAUGAUAUAAGUAAGGUGGCUGAUGAGAACUUUUUGGAUGAUUUGAGUUUUUUGGAUGAUCACUGA